AAGCUCUCUGUGCUCCAAGUUACAAAAAGGCUUUUACGAGGUAUCAGCACUUUUCUUUCAUUAGAGGGAAGGAGGGAGGAAAGGACAAAACGGCAGCAGACUUUUAAACUUUAAAUAGACAGGUCUGAGUGCCUGAACUGGCUUUUCCAUUUUAUUUCAGCCUCCAGAGUUCAAUCAUUUGCUUGGGCUGCAUCACUCCUUUUAAGCAAAAGAACAGCAUUCAGGUAACAUGGGGGAUUGGAGAUGCCUUAGGCAAAUCCUGGACAAAGUUCAAGCCUAUUCUACAGCUGGAGGGAAGGUGUGGCUCUCUGUCCUCUUCAUUUUCCGAAUCUUGCUAUUGGGAACUGCAGUUGAAUCAGCCUGGGGUGAUGAACAGUCUGCUUUUCGAUGCAAUACUCAGCAACCAGGUUGUGAAAAUGUAUGUUACGACAAGUCCUUUCCAAUCUCUCACGUGCGUUUUUUGGGUCCGGCAAAUGCAUCUUUGUGGUCUGUGCCAACCCUUUUGUACCUGGCUCAUGUGUUCUAUGUGAUGCGUAAAGAAGAGAAGCUGAACACGAAAGAGGAAGAGCUAAAAGUUGCCCAAACUGAUGGUUGCCAAUGUGAUAUGCACCUGAAGCAAAUUGAAAUAAAGAAAUAAUAUGGAAAUGAAGAACACGGCAAAGUGAAAAUGCGUGGAGGGUUGCUCCGUACCUACAUUAUCAGCAUCCUUUUUAAGUCUGUCUUUGAGGUGGCCUUCCUGUUGAUUCAAUGGUACAUCUAUGGUUUCAGCUUGAAUGCAGUCUAUACUUGCAAGAGGGCCUGCCCUCAUCAAGUGGAUUGCUUCCUCUCCCGUCCCACAGAGAAAACCAUCUUCAUCAUCUUCAUGUUGGUUGUGUCUUUGGUAUCCCUUGCCUUAAAUAUCAUUGAAUUAUUCUAUGUGUUCUUUAAGGGUGUCAAGGAUCGUGUGAAGGGAAAAAGUGACCCUUACCAUGCUACCACUGGUCCCCUGAGUCCCAACAAAGAGUGUGGAUCUCCCAAAUAUGCUUAUUUCAAUGGCUGUUCUUCCCCAACUGCCCCCUUGUCACCCAUGUCUCCUCCAGGGUACAAGCUUGUUACUGGAGAUCGCAAUAAUUCUUCUUGCCGUAACUACAAUAAGCAAGCCAGUGAGCAAAACUGGGCCAACUAUAGUGCUGAGCAGAAUAGAAUGGGACAGGCUGGAAGCACCAUCUCCAAUUCCCAUGCCCAGCCUUUUGAUUUUCCAGAUGAUAACCAGAAUUCAAAAAAACUAGCAGCUGGCCAUGAGCUACAACCACUUGCCAUUGUGGACCAAAGGCCUUCCAGUAGAGCCAGCAGCAGGGCCAGCAGCCGACCUCGGCCUGAUGACCUGGAGAUCUAACUCUCUCUAACAACAGUAUUGGAUCAGUAGUGAAAAUGGUGCAUCUGGAUGUGCAUCCUAGGUGUUAAUUUUGUUCCAGUGGAGGUGGUACUUAAUAGCCUCAGGCAGGAGGCUUGACAAACACAAAGACUUUAAAAUACUUGGGUUCUUUUUUGGGAAUGGGAGGGAGGAUGAGAGAGGCACACUGUAUUAAAGUAGUUGAUUCAAAAAAUUUAAAUACUUAAAAAAAUGGGAAAAGAUUAGCCAAUGCAUAGUAGGGUGUUUUUGUUUUUGUUUUUGUUUUUUUCUCCCUAGAAAGGUUUUAUAUAUGUGAGUGUGUUGGUAAAGUGUUGGUUGCUAAAUAAUUUUCUGUUUAACUAAGAAAUCACUUUUGUCAGGAUAAAAUGCUGCCUGAAAAUGAUGUUGUUCUUUUGAACAAGUUAAAGAUGUAGGAUUGUCCUUUAUUGUUUCCCUGUCAGACAUUCCAUUGUUAAAAUUUUGCACUUUGAAGUAAGCUUCUUAGGACUGAUCCUCUGGGUUCCAAUGAUUUGAAACCAUAAAACCUAUGUCCUUUGAAUCAACUAAAAUUUCAGGACAAGGCCCACUAAAAAGAUCAUUUUUCAUAUAUACAUA